UUAGCAACCACCUGGUUCAGGUCACAGGCAGGGAGAGGAAGGACUGCAGAGUGUUUUGUUCUUUCUAUGCAGCUUAACUGAUUUGAAGAAGCUGAAGAAGAAAGUCAAGUAGCACAGUUAAGACUUCAGCCAUGGCAUCUGUAUUGUACCAAAAGCCAAUAUCUACUACUGUGGGAAAACAAAUGAUUUUUACAGGUCCAGACUAUGUAAAGGAUUAUUUGCCCAAAGUUCAUCAACACACUUCCUAUGUAGGAGAACAGCAUCCCGUGUUAGAAAAAACCGGAGAUCUCAGAUAUUUAUGGAGGCCUGCCUUGAAUAGAAGCUUCCCAGCAAAAUAUAAACAUGAGUACGUUGGCGAAAUUGGUUGGGGAAUACCACAGUAUAAUUUUAUCAACAGAUCAAGACUGGAGAGUGGCUUUCAUAUCAAGUAUGCAGAACUAAGUCAAGCUUCUCUUGAUGCAAUAACCCACAGAUAUCAAAACCCAUGGCAACCAAAACCUCAUGUCCUGGAUAUGCAAGGAAAACAGAGUCGUGCCUCUUUUGCCUGGCAUAUGAGUGACUUCGAGGACACUGAUCGGAGAAAUUCCAAAUGGGCUACUCUUGUUAGGCAGAGUAAGUCACUAAUGCCAAGAGCUUCCGAGCCGUCUAAGCUGCCCGAAGCUACCAAAAAAGGAAAAGAAAAGGAAACAUUAGCCUCUAAAUCAGCAUAACUCAACCUGCUUCUAGAAGGAAAAAUGGCCUACAACUGUAGAAUGAAAAGUAAGAUCAUAAUCCAUAAAUGCUUCUCAUACUGCCCCAGGACAGAUGUCUUCCAAGAGUAUGCUUCAGCUUAACAUACAGAGUUUGGAAAAUAAAGAGAGUGUGGAAAAAAAGGUGUUGUCAGUCUUUGCAAUCAUUCAUGAAACUAAUUGUUAUUAACUAUCAUACUAACAGUAGCUGUUUACUGAAUGCUUAUAACAUCUAACACCAUUCCAAAUGCUGUAUGUUAAUUCUCUUAAUAUAAUCUCAUAACCAUAUGAGAUGGGUUCUAUUAUUUCCCCAGCUUUGCAGAUAAGGAAAUUGAGGCUUUGAAAGGUUACAUGGUUAGGAAAGAGCAGAACUUGUAUUUAACUCCAGGCUGUUGGACUCUAAAGCUAACAUAUAUGGCCUUUAAAGUAUCUUAUAUUGGCAUGGUGCUUUGGCAGUAAAAAGCAGUUAUCACAUUCCUAAUUUUCAGAAGAUUCUCACAAAACCCUUGUUGAACAGGUACUAUCUUCAUUUUAC